AUGCCAGCCAUCCUGGAGCAACAAACGAAGUUUGGUGACUCCACCCACCUUUCGACCUUCCAGUUCCAUCUCGUGUCCAGCUUUCAUCACAGACUAUUCGUCACUGAUCCAAACACCUUGCUUCUCCGUCCGACCCGUGAACGGCGGAAUGGUGUGCUCACAAUCCUUCGUUCUGACUUUCCCGGGUUCGAUUCGGCCGUCGCGGUCCCACGUCUGUCCGUCGCGGGCAGGUAUCUCGUUGUUCGUGUGUCGGUCGCCGGUACGCCUUUGUACAUACACAAUGUAUACGCUCCGGUGGACCCCCAGGAGAAACAACAGUUUUUCUCUAGCCUCGCGACUGAGCAGUUUGAGGAUACCGCGACCCAUUUCGUCCUGGGUGAUCUCAACACUCCCUUGGAUCCUCGGCUCGAUUCUUCUAGUCCCGACUUGAGAUACGACCCCGGCCGCUCGAGUUGUCUUGAAUGGCUUGCCAAGUUGGGUGUCGUUGACGCUUGGCGAAUUCACCACGGUACCGCGCGUGUGUUCACUGGUCCUCUUCCCCGUAAAAAUCGUCUGGAUUACAUCUUGGUGUCCGCGGAUUUCUGCGAUCGUUUCUACGGCGAUUCCAAGUACUUUCUCCCCAGACAUGCGGGUGAUCACCUUGCCCAUAGUGUCGGUCUUCGCUCUGGCGCUCAGCUUCAUGGUCGAGGGUACUGGAAGUUUCCUUCCUAUCUUUUGGAGUACCCCUUGGUGGUUUCUGCUAUCGAGACAGAGGCGGAACUGGUCCGGGCGGCGCUUCGCUCGACUUCAAACCCCGGCAAGGUCUGGGAAAAAUGGAAGCGAUGCAUCAAGUCACAACUGCAGGCGGUCCAGCAGAAGCUCCGUCUUCAAGACACUCAAGCGGUGGAAGAGGCGCGCAUCCAACUCAAUCGCGCCGCUUCUCGCUAUCGUGACGGUUCCUGUGCCACGAACCGCCACCAAUUUGAUGCAGCCCUCCUGUACUAUCGGGAGACUGUGACUCGUACGAGCCAGUACAACCAAGACGCGGUCUUUGAUUUCCACGCUGCCAACACCGAAAAAUCGACCAGGCACUUCUUCCGUCCCCUGGACACAAGCCUGCGCCGGGUUUCCAUUGAGGAGGUCAUGUUGCCAGACGGAUCGCUGUCGACAAAUCCCAAUGCUGUGUCGCUCCGCUUUUUGGAGCACUGGGGGUCCGAGAUGGGCGACACGGCUAGUUCUUCUGGACCAGAGCCUCCACCUGAUCCGCGUUUGCAACGCCAGCUUCUUGACUCCAUCAGUCGGUCUGUCUCCUCCCUGGACCGGGCUAUAUUGGAUGCUCCCGUGACCUCUGCGGACUUGGCGAGUGCAAUUCGUCACAUGCGUGCUACCUCAGCGCCGGGCAUGGAUGGGCUGACAGCCGGUUUCUACCAAGUCGCGCCGGACGUCUUCGGUGAGUGCCUUAGCGUCGUUUUCAAUGACCGCCUCCGUCAUGGGCACCUCCUUCCGUCUCAGCGGAAAUCUGCUGUGGUGCUGCUUCACAAGAAAGGGUCGCGCGCCGUUCCUGGCAACUAUCGCCCUAUUUCUCUUGUACAGGUUGAUGUGAAGGUCCUAUCGAAGGCACUGACGUUUCGUCUCCACCAUGUAAUUUCGGACCUGAUCCAUCAGGACCAGAAAGGAUUCGUCAAAGGCAGGUCGAUACACCAUCAUAUCCGCUUUCUCUCUGACCUUCAAGACCUGGUUACGGGUCGGGAUGAAGAAGCGUAUGCGAUGUUUCUGGAUUUCGAGAAAGCCUUUGACCGGGUCAACUGGGAUUACAUGUUUCGCGUGCUUGACCGCAUGGGUUUUGGUGACCGGUUUGCACAGUGGAUCCGACUACUGUACACAGACACACAGGCUCAUCUGCUGAUUAAUCAGAACAUCCAGCCCGCGCUUUUCCCUACUCGUGGUGUCAAGCAGGGCGAUCCGUUGUCUGCUCUGCUCUUCAUCUUGACCAUUGAGCCUCUUGGCAAUCUUCUUCGUUCCCACGAAGAGUAUGGUGUGUGCCUGUCGGCCGACCACACCGCUACCGGCACGUUCUUUGCGGAUGACUCCACUCUCUUGAGCAAUUCUAUCGCGCAUUUGAGCGCCCAGCUUGACCUGGUCCGCCUCUACUGUCGUGGAUCCGGUGCCAAGUUAAACUUGUCCAAGUCAGUGCUUUUCGCGCUCAAUCGAAACCACGAUUGCCCUUUGCUUCGGGGUACACGCGUGCUCGGGCGGACAGAUACCGUGAAGUAUCUUGGCAUUCCGUUUGGACAGUCUUCUGUCGUCGAUGGCCUCGUGCUUCACCUGGAGCAGCGCUUCUACGACGGAUUUAAACUUUGGUACCGACGCGCGCGGACACUUCGUGGUCGGCUCCUAGUCGCCCAGACGAUGAUACUCUCCCGACUGUGGCAUUACACACAGCAUGUGUCCAUUCCACGGUCGACUGUGCGCCGCUGGCAGUCGAUGGUAAAUCGCUUUGUCCUGAGCCGCCAGCAUGACCGGACUUCUUCACAUGUCCAACUGAUUCCAAGUGCGUUUCUCUAUCAGCGCUGUUGCAAUGGCGGCUUAGGGAUCCCGUACCUCGAUGCCCAUCUACACCGCCAACGACUUCAGCUUCUUCUUCAAUUCCUGCCCGGCUUUUGUACCCCAGCUGUUCGGGGCUGGACGUCGGCCAGCUCUGAAUUGCUGCAGCUGAUGAUUCCGCCUGCAGGUCAGAGUACUGCCUUAGACUUUCUCACCAUGUCUCCUUAUCGGCAUGGUACCAUGAUUCGCUGGAACCUAUCUCCCGCUUGGUGGAAGGCGACGUGGAAAUUGUGGUUUUCUAUCAAAUGGGCGGAGACGUGGCAUGACCUCCCUCCUGUCGACCGCGCUCUGUAUGGUGUCCGAGAGCCGAUCUGGUACCACGCGGAUUCGGUUCUUCACUAUGAACGGUCUUCACGGACUGCAUCCGUAUCUGCGCAGCGCCGCUGCCUCGGUAUGGCGAUUGAGCCGCACCGCAGUUUUCGGCUGCACCUAUCUCGUGUCUUUGGCAUUCGAUCAUUAUCGGAUUUCUGCCGUUCUGGUGGCGCUUGGCCUUCGCAACGGGCCUUUGUCGAGAGCCACCUGGACUUUACUUUGCAGUCCGUCGUGCCAUGGCGUCAAGUCCUCAUGUUGCGCGUGCUGUACACCGAGGCCACGCAAAUCGUCGAGCGGCUUGGUGCGGGUGGACUUGUCUUCGAGCGUCCGACCGGUGGGCGCCGUCUUCUUCCACAUUUGGGGUGUGCCAGCGGGGAUAAGUUGUGCCUCCUUCCGGCCGUCCCUAAGUCGGCGCUUCUCGGACUUGUCUGGACGCCACCUGCUCCGACGCAAGCUCACCCGCUUCUGCUUCACUCAGCGCUCCCCAGCACCGACACGAUCUCUUCCUUCGUGACAACCUCGAGGUACCUGCGGCGCCUCUUGCUUCCCGUGUAUGGGGACCUCCAGUUCCGUCUGGCGUUCCGUCUUCUGCCGGUUCGUUCGCGGUUCUGGUUUCUCGCGCCGUCUGAUCCUGGUAUUCGCCUUUGCGUUCGGGCCGAUUGUGGUGCAAUCGAGACGGAGCGUCACUUAUUUUUCAAUUGCGUCCUCGCCGCUCACCUUUGGGGUCAGCUACACCGGCUUCUGGCCCACUUCUUCUUUCAGCGGGCGACUUGGAUGGACGUUGUCUUGGCUCGACGACGACGGUUACGCGCGCCAUGGGUUUCCGAUGCGGGGGUCAUCAAUGACGUCUGGCACACAUUGCGUGCCGUCACGCUCCACUUCGUGUGGUCCGAUCGCAAUCGUUGCCUCUUUGAUGGUCGACGCCCGACGCCUGGGAAUUCCGCGAUACAGGUGAUUUACGCUUGUGCGGCUGCCCACCUCCGCCACAAUCUGCGCCACCGGUAUGAUGCGAGCCGCCGGUCCGCUCUGCUUCGAAUCAUCCGUGUCAUGUCGAGCGACCCUGCCUUCAACUGUUUCAUGACCAGAAACCCGGACUCCCUGACGGUCCGUCUUUUAUGA